AUACAUAUAGAGAGAGAGAGAUGAAAUGAGAUACAAAUGUAAAUACAAUCUGAUCCAGCGAUGCAAUAAUUAGUAUAAAGUGUAAAACAGCUUAGCUUAAAAAGGCUGCAGCGCAGCUUAUUCUUUCUUGGCGAUCUCCAUAUAGAUAGCGCUUUCGCUGUUUUUGUUUCAAGAAAAAGGUGAGCUCUGAUCCGAUCGAUCCGACCCUGCAAUCAAGAAAGCAGUGGCUAGGAUUAAUUUCUGCUGGGAUUAUUAUUGGAGAACUAACGAAGAAGAAUUUAAGGAAACAAGCUAGGAACAACAUGAGUUACUAUGGGGACUCAAACCUGGGAAACCAUCAUCAUCAUCAGGAAAGAACAUCAUCGUCUUCCUCGGGGUCGGGGUCGUCCAGGAAGAGCAAGAAGAGCGGUUCAGACAAACCUAAACAGCCGCAAAGAGGCCUCGGGGUUGCCCAGUUAGAGAAGAUUAGAUUGCACUCCCAAAUGGGUUGCACUUUUCUUCCUGAUUCUCUUCACCAUAAUCCUUUCGACACCAACCUUUCCCAGGAGGAUAUGAGAUUGCAGACGGGUUACUCUCCAUCUCCAUCAUUCUCGUACUCCUCGUCGUCUUACGGUUAUCCAGGCCACCAAGGCAUCAUGAUGAAUAUGAGCGAGAUGGAAAGAGCGAAUAUGAGAUAUGGAGAUUCUCAAGCCAGCUCCAAUCUAAGUUGGCAUCCUGGUACAGUCUAUGAGCCCCAACAAUAUGCACAACCCAACAUGACUAGACAUUUCCUCAGCCAACAACUAGAGGAUCCAACGGACAGAAGGGGGACGAGAGACCGGAGCGGCUCGACCGGCUCGGGUGACCAGACCUCUGAUUCCAAGGGCAAUCAAGAACUGGAUUUGGAGCUGAGACUGUCACUCUGAUCUAAUGAUGACCACCCAAUUUAUUAGUAUUGUUUUUCUGGUACUUUGAACGGUACGGAAAUGCAUAUUCUCAAAUAGUGACUGCAGAUUUUUCGCGUCACUUAAAAAACUGUACGGGAAUGCAUCUGUCACCUUACAUUAAAACCUAUUUAAAUGUAGAAAAGAACAACUUUUUAAGUUAAAGUUGCAAAAAGUAUUGGCAACUUGAAUUGAUGGAAUUCAAUUUGUUAAUUUCAUGGAGAAUACAUAAGCUGUUAGGGAGUA